AUGUCCGAACCUAUCGAAACCAUCAUAAUCGUUGGUGCCGGCAUUGUCGGGUCCGCCUUGGCCCAUUUCUUGUCCGCAUCACCUACACCCCGGAAUAUCACAAUAAUCGACCGUUCUUUCGGCCCGCUCCUCGGCUCCACAGGCCACGCACCGGGAUUCGUCGGCCAAUUCAACGAGUCCAAAGUCCUUACUAAACUGGCUGUUGAGACCGUGGCAGAGUACAUUAAGAUCCCUGGAGGUUUCGACGCUGUGGGCGGUUUGGAAAUUGCCUUUCAACCAGCUGGAGUUGAGCGACUGAAGUCGAGAUGCACGAGUGCGGCGCAAAUGGGUCUGUCGGCUGAGAUGCUGAGCAUCGAGAGAGCGCAUGUACUAGCGCCAGAGCUUGUGAAGGAGUCAAGUUCUGGGAUGGCGGUUUUGUUUCCAACCGACGGCACGGCCAACGCUUGCAAAAUCACCUCCUUCUAUCACGAGGAAGCAAAGAAGUCAGGGGUGCAACUAUUGCAACGCGAUGUCAAUAAGCUUCUUAUCCAGGAUGGUCGCGUUACCGGCGUAGAAGUUCUUGACGGCGACUCUGUCGAACAACUCGAUGCCGACAAAGUCGUCAUCACGACGGGCAUCUGGGCUCAAGACCUGUGCUGCGAUCUUGACUUCCCAGUACCGGUCAUCCCUGUCGGUCACCCAUACAUGUAUGGUCAACCAAGGAACUCGUUACCACGGAAGCUGCCUUUCGUCCGUUGGCCGGAGCAUCAUGUCUACGCCAGAGAUCACGGCGACAAAUACGGUAUCGGCAGUUAUGACCAUGAGCCCCUCGGAUGCAAACCGACGAAUGGCACCGCCAUUGGAAGAUGGGUCAAAGAUUUUAAGCAGACACUGAAAUCUGCGACAGGGUUGUUGCCGCCAGCUACCGGAGAAGACUUCGACCAGGGAGCCAGCUUUAAUGGGAUCUUCUCAAUGACGCCCGAUAACAUGCCGCUUGCUGGGUCAGUACAAUCUACGCCAGGCUUACAUUUGGCUGUUGCAAUUUGGGUCACUCACGCAGCAGGCACGGCCAAGUUUCUGACGAAAUUGAUUGAUGGUGAGGGUGUGGACCAAGAAACUCGAUAUGCUUUGAACCCCGAACGAUUUCGGGGACAAGACUUUGCGGCAUUGGAAGAGAAGUCACUUCUCGGAUAUAAUUCUAUAUACAAGACUGUAGGCAAGUAA